GUUUUAGAUACGGGAGAUUGCAUAAACAACAAAUCCAAUUGAACAUGCGUUGAUAGUUGAGGUUGUGUGGUGAAAAAUACGAGCCCGAUAGCUAUAUCAUAUUUUUUUWAAUAUGAGCAGGAUCGGGGGUCUAUUACGCCGGAGCUUUGGGUUGAUAAAAGAACAUGUGGGCACCGACCAUUUAGGAAAUAAAUAUUACUUGCAGCCCGAGCAAAAAACUUGGACGGGGAGGAUUGUUCGGGCCAAGCGGAUGGUGGUGGCUGUUAACCCUACAGAGUUUGAGUACCUGGAAGGCAACAUACCCUCAGAGUGGGAUGCUUGGAUCCGAGGCAGACGGAAGCAGCCCCCCUCCAUUGAGGAGCUGGUGAAAAACCAGCACUACAGGGAGCACAUCAAAGGAAAGGCGAGGGAGGUGGAUGAGAGAGAGCUGGCUCUGCAGGCUAAGGAGGGCCUGGUGGCUCGGCCUGCUCAGACCAUAGCCAAGGGCCACGCCGCCGCCACCAGCUUCGGCCAGCCAGAGACCAGUGAGGAGCCUGUCAGUACAGCCAACACAUUCCAGCCUGGCUCCUGGAUACCCGCAGCCAAGAAAUAGCCACGCACACACACUCACUGGGUCAUGAUACCAGUACUGUGAUACUGGAAUUUUCCAUGGUAAAAAAAAUAAAAACAUGAAGCAAACUGAACUCCUGCUGUUGUGUGAUAUAGCUUGGAAAAUAAACAAUUACUCUGGGUAACAACAGAA